GUAUGUUGCUGGAGGUGCUGUCUUUUGAAUAAGGCACUAAACCCAUGUCCCACUGGAUAAAGAGUUGCUCAGUAAUAUCUGGAAAAAGAGAAGAACUCUGUCAGUGUGACUAACACACAGGAUCGGGGCAUUCGAGUCUUGCAGUUUGUUGAAUCAUUGUUUUGGCUGCCAUGCCAGCUGGGACUGUCCUUCAGCUGCUGUGUUGUAGUUUGUGACGUGCUGAGGGUGGGAAUGUUAGCUGCGAAUUGUCUUUCUGCAGCGAGUCGCCACCGCUGAGCACUUUGUGCCCGAGAGUUUUCCUCAAUGUCUUCCUCACGCUCUUGACCUGUGGAUCCGAUUGUCCAAGGUUCCCGUCUCUACUCAGGACUGUGCCAACGAGAAUGUGAGACCAAGUUUCCUGUCAAUCAUGACUCCGAUUUUUAUCUGCCAUGUCAUGGGUCUUGCCCUCUACUACGUGCCACUCCUGUGCCAGGGAAGAGCGACAGACCAUUUCCCCGUCUCAGACACUGAAGCUGUCGUACUCACUUCCAUUGCAAUCUAUGUGGCCGGACUGGCACUACCCCACAACACCCAGAGUGGCUUGCCGACUGAGUUGGCUGCCCAUGGCUGGAUGACUCUGAAGCUGAUCUCUGUCCUGUACCUGGCUCUCCUCCUGGGCUGCAUCACCUUGAUCAACUUCUCUCUGGGCUUCAUCCUGGCUGUGACCCUCGUCCCAGCGGCUGCCCUCGCUGAGCCUGCACCCCACAGGACGCUGAAAGCCCUGUUCCUUAUCCUGAUGUCGCCGAUCACUAUCUUGCUGAUGUGUAUUUACCUGUACCAUGAACUGGCCGAAUACCCUAUCACUCUGCUGGAGUGCUGGCAGCUCCUCCUGCAGGCUGUGGCUGAGUCCAUUCUCGAUCACCAUCUGUACAGCUCCAUCGUUUACCCCUUUGUUGUCUUCUUCAUCUACCCCUGCUGGCUGCUGCUGUGGAACGUGGUCUUCUGGAACUGAGAGAGUGCACACAUCUCCCUCCACGGCCUUGCCUAGGAAGAUUCACACCACCCCAAGGGUGACGUGGUCGAAGGCAUGAUGGGUUAGAAAGACAGCAGACUGUGAGGGUCUCUUAUUGAGUAACAUUGGGUUUCAUUCUGAGGUUUCUGAUGUUUUAAUUUGACUGCAUGGGAUGAUGGGGAAGAGGGGGGAGGGAGUCAGAAAAUAAGACAUCUCAGGGUUGGGGUUUGUGGGGGCUUGGAGGCACCGAUCACUUGGAGAGGGAAGAAAAAGGGGGGGAAUUGAGGUCAGCACGAGGUGUCUGGUGACUGGGUUACAAAAGGAAAUGGGCGAGUGAAAUGAGCUGAGGACUGAAGGGAUCAGGAGGGACCAAGUGGAGUUCUCAGGGGAGGUGCUGAAUAAGGAAGUUUGUCAUGAUCUGGGGAGACCAAACCUCAACAUUUACACUUUGGGAUAGAAUGAACCUCAGCGUAAGUGAAAAGGAGAAGUGUCUAAGUCUUUAUAUCACCGAAGAAUAUCCCCAUGAUGUCUAACCCCACCUGGUAUCCAAUAAGGCUUUCAGAUCAUAUCCAGCACCAAAUGCAAGGUUUUAAUGUAACUUUUGGAUGUGUGUGUUUGGGUUGAGUAAGGAACUGUGUGACCUUUACACAGAUCAUUACUUCCUGUUGGGGCUGGUUUGAAGUCAGAAACACAUCUAAAUGAAAUGACUAAAUGUUUCUCUUUCACUGAAUUCACUACUUCACUGCUGAGUUUAUAAUGUGAAAAAUUGUUUCUUGUGUAAAUAGUUGAUUGGAUUUUUAAAGAAAGGUGAGAAUAAAAACAGAUAAAUAUUUA